GAGAAAAAUUGAGAUGUUUGAUCCAAGUAGAAGUGAAAAGGCAGUCAGCGUCGCCAGAGAAAUCAAGGAAGAAGAAAAUGAGUAGUCGACCAGUGCCGAGGAGAGAGAGCCCAUGGGGAACACCAGAGGGAGAACAUCGUCAACCCAAGGCCCAUCGCUGCAACGAUCGCGCCGAGGAUGUUAUUCAAGCUUGUUUUGAAGGAAACCCAUUUAAGACAGUACCAGGUCCUUUCAAGCUCUUCUGGCAGUGCAUGCGUUCCAAACCUGGGGAGGAACCAACUGAUCCAUUUCACUAUCUACAACUAGAUCCCCCAAAGCGAGAAGUGCAGCUUGAGUAACUUGUCAGAAUAAAAGCUUUAGAUUUCAUGAAUGCCUUAUUUUUCAUACUAAUUUUUUAGUUUGUGACAGAGGAAACUUGUCACUGUUCUAUGAGUUGUACUUUUUUCAGUGUUGGAUCCUGAAAACACAAGAAUAAUAGUGUGUUGUUUCUGAAUAAUAUUUUGGGAAGUAAAAUGUCGCACUAGCCUAUCAAAACAGAAA